AUGUUAUACUUUAAACACACGUCAUUACUCUCUCAGGAAUCACCUUCCUCAUCAUUACAAACACGAAUAAUUAACAUAUUAUGCUAUAUCUUAGUUUGUUUCGGUAUCAUUGGAAACGUACUAGGACUCUUUAUUUUCUCUUCAUCUCGUCGUUCUUGGAGAGUAUCAUCGACAUAUGCAUUUUUGGCAACGUGUAGUUCAAUCACGAAUCUUCUCUGCGUCUUUCGAUAUUCGGCUAUUCUUCAUUCAUCGACACGACAUCGUCUGCAUAAAUUAGUCGGAGGAUAUUCGACAGCUUGCAAAUUAUAUGAGUUUUCCUUCUCUUUUCGAGUUCUCUCGUCCUGGAAUACAUUAUUCUGGAUGUUUGAACGACUGAUGUGUAUUUCAAUUCGACUACGGACAUUAUUUGCUCCAUGUAAUUCAUAUCAAAUUAAAUUUAUUCUCCCACUUGGAAUGAUACUUUUCAUAUUGAUUUGCGUUAUCGUACCUCCUUUACUCAUGUUUCAACCACAAGUAUCAAUUGACCACACUUUGUCUUCAAAUACAACGGUAGUUGUGUGUGAAGUUCAUCCAAAUGCAUCUCUCCGCUGGCGAAGGUAUUUCCAGGAAUUUCAUCUAGGAUUCAAUCAUUUCACUAUCCGUUGUUUGUUUUCGGAAUUGAUUCCAACUGCUGUGAUUAUUCUGUUCAAUAGUAUCAUUAUCCAUCACCUUCUUCGAACAAAUUAUCAUUUAUCGAAGCGAAUAGUGCAUCGGGCAGAUAUAAAACAGUUUGGAGCACGAUCAUGGAUGAAUAUUGUUCUCGUUGUUCAUUCAUCUCUCUUUCUCUGUUCACUUCUAUCGCAUAUUAUCGGACAUUUAAAUGCAAUUGAAGCACAUGAAUCGUGGUGGGUGUUACUGGCAGUUCUAAUGAACUGUUCGUUGAACUUUUAUGUUUACUGUUUAUCGGGACGUGCAUUUCGAAUCGAAGUAGGUCGAUUGAUUCAACGAUGUCGACGACAAUACCUUUAUCAUCGCCAAAUGUAUCAAACUCAACAACCGCGCCGAUACGAAUCCUCGUUUGAAUUGAACAACGUAUGA